AUGACAACUCGUUUACCACUACAAACUAAGUCAUUUAGACCUAAAUUUCAAAACAAAGGUGCUGUAUUUCACAAUGAUGAUGAACAAGAUGAAAGCAUACAAGAAGAGCGUGUGAUCGGUUUGGAAGACAAUAAGAUUAAAGAAGCCGAGCCGAAAAAAGAACAUGAACCCUUAAGGAUACAAGCUCUACCCAACGUUGACUGGCGAGCAAAUGCAAAACAUAAAAAACAACUUUACUUGCCUGGAAAGGCGCAGCAACAAGAAGUAUCUGAUUCCGAACAUGUAGCUGCACAACCCGAGCUACUACAAGGCACCAGUAAUUUUGGUUUACAGCUACCAAAAAAAGAGGUAAAAACUGAAGACGAUAUGCUAAAAACAACAACAACUACAACUACUACUACCACUACUACUACUAUCACUAUGAAUACCACAACCACAACUGAGAAGAAUCUUGAAGAUGACAUAGAGAAAGUUACAGAAAAAACGAUGGAGGAAAAAGCAAUAGAAGCAAUUAUAAAAGAGUCGAAAGGCGAAACAAAUGGAACAGAGGAACAGUCUAACCUAGUGAUCCCUUCAUAUGAGACAAUUGCCUUUAGAGAUGACGUUCAACAUAGACCGGACGAAACAACAAUGGAAGAUUACGAAAAUAUACCCGUAGAUCAAUUUGGAGCGGCUUUGUUAAGAGGAUUAGGCUGGAAAGAAGGCGAAGGUAUCGGAAGAAACCGAAAGAACUCACCGGCACCUCCACCGGUGACAAUCAAACAAAGAGAAGCAUUACUGGGCUUAGGCGCAAAGCCUGAACAAAUAGAUUCGAAAAGCGAACGGGAAAAAGCAAAAAAUAGACGUGCAGCCUUUGAAUAUAAGGAUACCAGUUUAUUCAAGAAAAUUGCGAAAAGAAAAUUGAAGGAAUAUGACGACGAUGAUAGAGAGCAUAGCCAUGAAAGAAAACGUCGCAGUUCUAGUCGCAGCCGUAGUCGAGAAAGAAAAAGCAGCAGUAGAAGUAGCAGCAGGCACAGCGAUAGACACAGCGAUAGACAUAGCGACAGUAGACAUAAAAAUAGUCGGGAAAGAAGUCGCGAUAGGAGUAGUAGCAGUAGACAUAGCAGCAGUAGAAAUAGCAGCAGUAGAAAUAGCAGCAGGAAGCGAUCACACAGUCGUGACAGCUAUUGA